AUGAAAGGGAGACUUUACAAAAGAUUAUCCUGUGACUUCGGAAAAAUUCUUGAAGAUGGUGACAGAUAUGAUGUCGUUAUUGAAGUUGGUGAAUUGCCCAUAAACCAAUCCUACAAUGUUCAUUCAAUCAUUUUGCGUCAUCGCUGCCCCUCUCUUUAUAAAGAAUUAAAUGAAAUUUCACUAGACACGAGUGAUGUUAAAACUAUUUAUAAGCCACAUAUCUCUACCAAGGCAUUUACUAUUAUUAUUAAGUAUAUAUAUUGUGGCAAGAGAGCAAUUAAAAACUUCCAUCACGAACAAGGUGGCCCAGCAUUCGGUUCACUUGAUUUUCAACUGGAAGGAAACUUUAAAACAGGAAAAAGCGGCUAUUGUUUAAGAUACGAUUAUGAAACCCCGAUUAGAAGCGAAAGAAGUUUCUCCGUAAAGGAUUAUGAAGUUUUUCAA